AUUUAAACCCGUCUCUAUCGUUAUAUUGUCUUAUCUUUAGUUGGUCUUAAAUUCCAUAAAUUCCACACUUUUCGUCCAUACAGAUAGCAUAAAUGCAGAAAAGGCUCGCAUUUGUUGUGGUGUUUUUGCACCAUCUUCUAGUUGUUGUUACUAGUUACAAAUGUUUACAAUGUGAUGAUGUACCUUUGCCAAAUUUGUGCGAGGAGGUUGGUGAAUGUGGUGAACACGAGUUUUGUGCAAUAAAGCAGUAUGUAAAUGCAGCCGGAAGCUUUCGUUAUCAACUAUCGUGCAGAGACAAAAAGCAAUGCGGAACUAGGCAAUCUGUUAUUGGGAAGAGAAACGACUUUUUGGCAUGUUCCGAGUGUUGCCAAGGCGAUUUGUGCAAUGUGGCAGGUUGUGGACAGAAAGGAUUUGAUCCCGUCUAUGGACCUUUAUGCUAUGUUUGUCCGUUACAACUUGGAAGUAACACUUGUGGUAAAGUUCAACAAUGUGGCAGAGACAAGGUUUGUUCAAUUCAACCUGUGUCAAGGGUCGGUGCGCCUGAUAAUUUGUUUGAGACCAAAUGCGUGGAAAGAAAUGACCGGAUGUGCGGAGCGCAUGACGAGAUUGACUCGUCGAUGAUUGUUGGCAGAAAACGGUCAUCUUGUAGCGUUUGUUGUAAUUCUACAAUGUGCAAUGACUACGAUUCAAGACCUUGUGUUCCAUCUUCCACGACGGCAAAGCCAAUGUCAUUGACAUCACCAAUAGUUAAUACAAUAAUGUCCACAUCAUCAUCAUCAUCAUCUCCUCCGUCUACGAAAAUGUCUACGGUAAUGGAAACGUCUAGAUAUACGUUGCCGACCACGAAAACAGCAACAACGACAAAGGCAGCACAUGGCUUUACGACUGCGCCUGUCACACAGGAAGUUUGUGAAGACAAAGCAAAGUGUUACGUCAUUGCCUGUAAUAUAUCAAAGCAUGAAUAUAUUGAAGUGAAUUGUCGAAAAACUUGUAAUCUUUGUGGAACGCCUCAAGCAACAACCCCUGCUAAAACCACACCAAAACCAACUUCACCUUCAACGAUUACCACCACUUCUAGACCAUCAACGACAAGCACCACAGGGGUUUCUGGCCAUACCCAUAGCCUUUUCUGUCACGACAUUGCCGUUGGAUGUAACACAACUUUGAACUAUUGUAUUAUUCCGGAAUAUAAGGGCUGGACUUUAACGAACUGUAGAAAAACUUGUAAUUAUUGUUGAAAUGCAACGACGUCGAUAUACAUGUAUAUUCACCCGUUCAAAGGACUGGUCUAGUUUCGUUUUUUACCAUUAAUAGCAAUGGAAAUAAUCAAGAAUGUCAUAUUUUGUUAGCCAUAAUCUGUUCUUGUUUUUUUCUUUAUAAUUAAAAUAUUUAACUCAAAUGA